AUGAAUGAAAUAAAUAAUAAAAUACAAGCAAAAGUAAAAUUAAAAGAUUAAUUCAAUCAGAUACUGCUUGCUCAAAGACAAACAAUGGGUGAUUUAAUCUUUACUUGGCUUAACGAUGAAGUUUAGCUUACCAAAAAGAUAACUUCAUUUGAAUAGGAUUUCGCGAAUGGCUAUUAUUUUGGUGAAUUACUUUCAAAGUAUAAUCAAUAGCUCAACUUUAAAGAAUUCAAGAACGCGGAUACAAGAAAAGCUAAGAUGACUAACUUCGAUCUUUUAUAGCCAACAUUUAGAACUUUAAAAGUGAAAUUUAAUUCGCAAACAGUUGAUGAUAUUAUUAAUUGUAGAAAAGAUGUGGCAUCAUAAAUUCUCUAUUAACUAAAAAUGGCACUUGAAAAGGUUAAUAAUCCUGCAGAUGUUAUCAUAAAUAGCAAGGCUGGAAAAUAUAAUACAGUAACUCCUUUGAUGAGAAUAAAUCCACCUAUUGCUUAAUUUGCCAACAUGGAAUCAAAAUUCUUUAAUUAAAGAUUAAAUUAAUUAAAUAGAUCGUAAAAAGCAGUUAACUAAGAUAACCACCUUAAAAAAUUUGAGGAGUUCAAAAUAUAGUAAGAUGCUUAUAUAAAGAAGAUAAAGGAAAGUGAGGAAGAAAAAGAAAAGUAAUUAAAGGAGUAAAUGAGAAAAAUUGAACUUAACAAGUUGCAAAGAAAUAUGGCUUUUUAAGAAGAUUGGAAUGAAAAGGGUUUAGAGCAAUGGAAAAAGAAUUAAGAAAUUACCAAAUAAAGAGUAGAAGCAGAUAAAUAAUUUGAUUAUAAAUAAAAACAAAAGGAAGAAACUAAAAGGCUUUAAAUUAAGGAGUUAACGAAGAAUGAAACUAAUAGAGAUAUUGACAUGUUUGAAGAAACUCUUAAAAAAAAAGGACUCUUGCUUGAAGAAGAUGAAGAUGGAAAUAUUAUUAAAAAAGAACAUAAAAACACUAUCAGUGCAACUGCUACUAUGAAAAGAAUCAAGGAAAAAUCUCAAGUUAAUGAAUUUUUAAGGAAAGAAAGAGAUAAAAGAAGAAGAAAAAUGAUUGUUGACUAGGCUAAAUUUUAGAGAGAUAUUGAAGUGAGAAAAAGAGAGGAGCUAGUUUUAAAAAAAUUAGAGUAGCAAUCAAGAUAGGAAAAAGAAAUAGAAUAUGAGGUAUGGAGAGCUUAUUAGUGCAAAUAAAUUAUUAUUUAAGAUAGAUUUCUUAGAGAUGAAAAGUAUAAGCAAAAAAAUGAAGUUAAUGUAGUAAAUGCUAAGUAUAAAGAGGAAGAAUUAUUGAAAAUUCUUAGAUAAGAAAAUGAAAAUGAUAUUCUCAGUAAACUGAAUCGUUAAAGGGAAAUAGAGAUUAGUGAAAAGCAGUUAAACCGUAAAGAUGUGUAUUCUAAAUGUAGAAAUUUAAUAGAACAGCUAGUUGAUUUAGCCAAUAUUUGCUAUGAAUAAUAGCAAUAAUAAGAUAAUGAAAAUAUUGAUUCUCACUUUUUAAAUGAUCAAAUAAAACUAUUCAUUGAUAACAAGCCUCUCUUAAAAGAAAAGUAAUUCAGGAAUUACGAAACUAUUCCAAAUUUAAGAAAUUAGGAGUAAUCUUAAACUGAGAGCAAGGACUUUUUAGCAGAUUAAGAACUUUAGGAUUAUUUAGAGGGACGUGGGGAAUGGAUUCCUUAACACCGUUUUGAAUAUUAAGGAGAAGAUCCUUUGAACAAUGAUGAAAAAUACAUUCCAAAUUAAACUCUAAAUAAUUAUCAUUUAGGAAAUUUGGUAGUCGGGAUUAUGAAAGAUUUUUACAGCUCAGAAAUAGAAUAAUCAUAGAGAGAAGUUAUCAAUCAUUUUGAUUGGCUUCCUUUAAAACUUGCAAUUCUAGGUUAUCAAUUCUCUGGUAAAAAAACUAUUGCUAAUAUAAUAUCUAAAAAAUAUGGUGUAAAGCUUCUCUCAAUUGAUAUUCUUAUGAAUGAGCUUAUUGAAAAAUAUCAUGCAUACUAAAGAUAAGUACAGUAACAAUAACGUGAGGAAAAGAUUCGCAGUAGCAAGAGCAGUAGUCGUCCAAAUAAUAAUAGUGUUGGGUAGAUUGAGAGAAACGAUGUUAGUGGUGGAAGUAAUCGUAAUAAUAAAUCUUAAGCUAACAUAGCAGCUGCAAGAAUUUCAUAGUAACAAAUUGAAGAAGAAAAUUAGUAAGUAGAAUUAGAUGAAGAGAGUAUCUAAUUAGCUUAGAAAAUAGAAUAGUGCUUGUAUACUGGUUAGAACAUCCCUGAUGAGUAUUACAUUAAACUUAUAUAGAACGUAUUAAAAUAAAUACAUCCUGAGGUUACUGAAUAAUAAUUCCUUGAACAGCUUGCUCAAAAGAGUAUCCCUAGUGAAAACGAAUAAUUACUUAAACUCCCUAACUUAGGGUAAGAUUUAUAAAUGCCACCAACUAAAGAAGAUACUUUCCGUAAUGCCUUAAUUAACCGCACUCAUAAAUAUACAAGUGGCAUUGUUUUACUAGACUUCCCUCACACUUAUGAAUAAGCGAAGCUGUUAGAAAAGGAAAUAUCAGGAUUUCUUCCAAAGGAUGAGAUUAUUUAAAGUGAAUUUGAGGAUUCUAUCUAAAAAGCUUAAAAAAUUGUCAAACCUACUAAAGUUGAAACAAAGCCUCGUUAAUUAAUUAAACCUGGAUUAGAUUUGGUCAUCUAUAUAGACAUUGAUAAAAAAGAAAGUCUUCGCAGAGCACUUGGAAGGAGAUAUGAUCCUUUAACUAAACAAAAUUUUCAUUUGGAUGACAAUCCUCCUCCUGUUGAUAAUGCUCCUCUAAUUGAACGUCUUGAAUAAAUAAGAGAAUAUGGCACUUCUGAAUUAGCUAUAGUUGAUAAAAACUGUGAAUUAGAUAAUAAUUUUAAGUAGCUCAAGGAAUGGUAUAGUAUGUUUGGAAAUAAAUUUGAGAUUAGAACUUUGAAUGAAGAAGAACACCCUUUAUCAGAUUAGUAAUAGUCUGACAGUAGAUAAGGAACUUUAGAGAAUAAUGAAUAGGUUAACAAUUAGCACUAAGCAGGAUCUAUGAAUUAGAAUUUAGAAGAAAAUGCAUAAAAUGUGUAAGAUUCUCAACCAGAAGAAUAAGUUGAGAAUGGGGAAACAUAAAAUUAAUUAGUUCCUUAAAAAUCCAAAUACAAUGUAUAAUAAGAUUAUUAAAUAGUAUGGCAAGAAGUCAAUGGAAAAGAUAAGAUCGAUGAAGUUUUUUACUAAGUAGAUUAAAUUAUUGAUAGGGUAUUAAUAGCUAAAGAGCAAAAAUAUGAAGCUAUUCAGAAUAAACUCGAUAGCAUCGAAGAAAGAAAAAAACAAGAUGAAGAAAUUGCAAGAAUAAAAAAAGAAAACGAAGCAAAAUGGCUUUUCACAACAAGAGAAGAAAUUUUACAAGAUCUUUAAAAUUUCUCAGCAAGUAUAAAAAUUAAUCCUACUGCCCUUAAAAACCUUGUCAAUUUGUGGAAAAAUACUCAAGACAUCUAUAUUAAUUCAAGCAAAUUUGUGUUCUACAACUUAAGAGAGUAAAAACAGUCUAUUCUUUUAAGAUUCCAUGAUAUCCAAAAGAGGUUUUUAGAACUCAUUUAAAGACCUGAUUAGAAAUUCAUGCUAAUGAGGUAGUUCCAAUAAGAAUAUAAUAAGUUCGUUGAGCUUAACCCUGAUAUGUGUGAAGAAGAUUAAACAAAGGAAGAGCUUCAUUAAAGAGUUGAAGAUCUUCAUGAUCAAUUGUAUGAUAUUAUAGAAGCUAAGCGUGACGAAGCAUCUGAAGAGCGUAAUCAAAUCAUUAAAUCUGGCUGGAUCGAAAAAGAAAUUGAAAAGUUUAUGCUUUUAAUUUAAUAAUUACUUUAAGCUGAACUAAGUAGAAGCUUCAGCUGCUAGUAAAUAAUUAACGAUUACUACGUACUUAUUUAAGGAGGAGAGUUAUAAGAAAUACCUGAAUACUUUAAAAACGAUAUAGUAUAAAAUUAAGAAAGUUUACCUCCUAUCGAAGAGAAUAAUAACUUCCCUAGAUUAGAAAAGCUUGUUGAUUUAACAUUAAAGCUUCAUCAAGGAGAAGAAGAAGUAGAAGAAAAACCUGGUGCUAAAAAGGGAGCAGCUAAAGCUCCUCCUAAAAAGGAUGAUAAGAAACCACCAGUCAAAAAGGGUGGUAAAAAUGCUGUAGAGGAAGUAGAAGAAAAGAAAGAACUUACUCCUAUAGAAAAAGAAUAAAAGGAAGCAAUAAAUAUGGAAAAGGCUAUUUUUAGAUACAGAGUUUAAGUAAUUAAGGAUUUUGCUUUGAGCAAAUUAAAAUUAAUGAAAGCUCAAUCAUAGCUCCUUUAUGGAAAGCUUUAAGACUGGAUAGACUAUACCUUUAAAGUUGAAAACGAUGCUGUAAAUCAGAUGGACGCUAUCUUCCGUGAAUAUAUUGAAGAAGAGAAAAAGAUCCAAAAAGAAAUUCAACUCAAUUUUGUCGAUAUUGUGAUUUCUCAUGAAAUCCUCAAUUUCCUAACACCUCCACCAAUAAUUUUACCUGCCAAAGAACCAUUGUACGAAAACAAAUUUUCUAUUUCAUAACUUUACAUCAUCAUAGAAGAACUAAAGAGCAUAACUAACGAAAAUAACUAAAUAGAGUCUCGUGCUUUAUUGCAACUCUUAACAAGAAAAACACUAAACUAAAUUAGUAAAUGGGAUCUACCUGAAUUUUGGAGGAAUAACACAAUAAAAACUUAUUAAAAGUUAAUUUAAAAUCUUGAUCCAAACAUAACUGGGUACAUUAACAGUAAAGAUAUUUGUACAUAUAUUUGCUUAUCAGGCUCUCACAUUCCUACCCAAACAGAAGAAGAAGGUUACUUCGAAAAACUUAAAUUAAACUCUUCAGGAGAUGAUAUGAUUGAAAAGGCUCAAUUCAUAAACACCGAAUCUUGGUUCGAUGAAAUAGAAUCAUGCAAAUUAGAAAUAGAUACAUAUUUAUUCGAUCGCCCUAGAUAUAUCAAAGAACUUCUUUUCUAUAUCCAUAAAGACCUAGAAACAGAUUUUAUAGAUAUUGAUAGUUUUAUUCAAACUAUUUCUGCUAGUCAUUAUAUAUAGUUAAGAGAAAACGAACAAAUAACUACAUAUACAGAUUUACUUCUUUCUUGA